CCUUUCGCUUUCUCCUGGACUAUGUUUGAUUCAUGCCAGAAAGAUGAUUCACACUCCACCAUAUCCGGCAUGAGGGAACCCUCACUCUCCAUCCAUAAUUCAGAUCCCCUCUCUCUCCUUCUCUCUUUCUCUGUUGUAUCUGCAUCUCCAUCCUCACGCACGCUGCCUGGAUCCUGUGCAGCUGUCGAUGCAUCGGGUAAAAGAUUGCGCCGUAUAGAAGACGGGGGAUCUAUGAAAGCCUACAGGCUGGAGAGGGGAUCCCAUUGAUCAGCGGAGGGAGAAACUCUUGCCGCUCAGCCGGAGAUUCGUGAACAGGUCAAGGAGACUGAAUCUAGAGGAGAUUCAACAUGGCCGCUGCUGUCACCUUACAUGUUCGUUGCAUCUGGGCUUGAACGCAUCUGCGAAUACUUCUCGGGUGCAUGAUGUAAAUGCAUUUCUGACGCCUUUCCAAGAUGAACGACUGAAAUAUGAAACUCAUUCAAGCGUUCUGGACCUCCGGGGUGGCGUCUGAUUAAAUCAAGCCCCUCAGACGCGCAUCAGAGGAGGGGAAGAAGGAGUGGAGGUGGCCGCUGGCUGGUGGUGGUGGAGGAGGUGGAGGCGGAGGAGGGUUUGGGAAGCAUCUACAUCCAUUGGAAUAUACCAUUUGUGGAAUACCACGGUCUGUUUGGAAUAUUGCCGAACUUUGGGAGUUUCGCCGUAGUUUUGGGGAAUCCUUGCGGAAUAUUGGGAAUUUGUGUCCUGUUUGCAGUCAUGAAGGUGAACCCGAGCUCUUGUUUGUGUCCUGUACUUCUGUGUCUGUGUUUUCUGGAGAGGGGUUACGAGGCCAGAAAUUACAGCCAGGCCAAAGUUAUUUCCAGGAGCCACAAUGCAACGCAUCACAACCAGACUAAGGACGGGGAAACCGAGGUUCACCAUCGGCCCAAACGCGGAUGGAUAUGGAACCAGUUCUUUGUCUUAGAGGAACACAUUGGGACAGAUGCACAAUAUGUAGGAAAGCUGCAUUCUAAUUCAGACAAAGGUGAUGGUUCGGUCAGGUACAUCCUUAGCGGUGAAGGAGCAGGGAGUAUAUUCAUCAUCAACGAGGUAACGGGAGACAUCCACGCCACCAAAAGUCUGGACCGCGAAAAGAAAUCACAUUAUGUUCUUCACGCGCAGGCCAUCGACAUCAACACCAACAAACCUCUGGAGCCUGAGUCAGAGUUCAUUAUAAAAGUGCAGGAUAUUAAUGACAAUGCACCCAAAUUCCCUGACGGGCCCUUCGUCACGUCUGUGCCUGAGAUGUCAGAACUUGGUACAUCAGUUUUUCAAGUGACGGCGACAGACGCCGAUGACCCUACAUAUGGAAACAGUGCCCGGGUGGUGUACAGCGUUCUACAUGGACAACCAUACUUCUCCGUCGACCCCAAAACAGGUAUCAUCAGAACAGCUCUGGCAGACAUGGAUCGAGAGGCGAGAGAACAUUACUCAGUGGUAAUUCAAGCCAAAGACAUGGCAGGGCAGGUGGGAGGACUGUCGGGCUCCACCACGGUCAACAUCACCCUAACUGACGUCAACGACAACCCACCCAAGUUUCCUCAGAAGAAUUACCAGGUGUUUGUCCCAGAGUCAGCGCAGGUGGGGAAACCAGUGGGGAAGAUCAAAGCCAACGACGAGGACAUCGGAAUCAAUGCAGAGAUCAAAUACAGCAUCCUGAACCCCGAGGGGGCCGCCGUUUUCUCCAUCUCCACAGACAAAGACACCAGAGAGGGAGUAAUCACACUCAGAAAGCCAUUGAAUUAUGAGAAGAAGAAGCAGUACAGUCUCCACAUCUCAGCAGAAAACACACACGUGGACCCGCGCUAUUCUUAUCUGGGCUCCUUCAAAGAUGACGCCACACUCAAGAUCACAGUGGGAGACGUGGACGAGCCGCCGCUUUUCUCCAUGGAUUAUUACAUUAUGGAGGUGUACGAAAAUGCUAGAGUGGGCACUGAAGUGGGAGCCGUUACAGCCAGAGACCCUGACAGCAAAAACAGCCCCGUCAGGUAUUUCAUCGAGCGGAGAGAAGACAAAGAGGUGUAUUUCGAUAUUGAAUCCAUCAGCGGAGUCAUUAGAACUACUCAGCUGCUGGACCGGGAGGACACGCCCUGGCACAACAUCACUGUCAUGGCAACAGAGGAAGACAAUCCCAGUCUUCAGAGCCAUGUGCCUGUCACCGUGCAGGUUCUGGAUGUCAACGACAAUCCCCCAAAAAUCAACACAGAAGACGAGAUCAUCAUCUGUGAAGGCACUAGAGCAGGACAUGUCAUUCAGACAAUCACUGCUGUGGAUAAAGAUGAUUUUGCAAACGGAAAGGGAUUUUCCUUCUCUUUUCCUGGAGGAGUUUCUGCCAACCCUAACUUUACAAUUAAAGACAAUGAAGACAGCACUGCCAGCAUCACGGCCCGCCGCCGCUUCCACAGACUAACCCAGGAGCUGUACGAGUUGGCGGUGGUGGUGUGGGACGAUGGAGAGCCCGUCCUGAGCAGCACUGGGACCCUCACGCUCCGGGUGUGUUCCUGUCAGAGGGGCACUAGGCUAAAGAUCUGCCAGAGCGAAGCAUUUCUGUCCUCCGCAGGACUCAGCACUGGAGCUCUCAUCGCCAUACUGCUUUGCAUCCUCAUUCUGCUGGCCAUCGUGAUUCUCUUCAUCACGUUACGGAGAAGCAAAAAAGAGCCGCUGAUUAUCUCGGAGGAGGACAUCCGGGAGAAUGUGGUGACGUAUGAUGAUGAAGGAGGAGGUGAGGAGGACACCGAAGCUUUCGACAUCAUCGCUCUACGAAACCCUGCUGCCGCAGAGGAGCUCAAGUUUCGCCGGGACGUCCAACCCGAGUGCAUCCGGCCAUGGUCAUCCCGGAGGCCAAUCCGGAGCCGCCUCAGCCCCUCGUCCCUGGACAUAGACGAGGAGACGGAUGUGGGUGAGUUUAUCAAACAGAGGGUGUCCGAGGCGGAUCAGGACACUAGUGUACCACCCUACGAUUCCUUACAGACCUAUGCCUACGAGGGUCAGGGGUCUCCAGCCGGCUCCGUCAGCUCGCUCGGGUCGCCUGGAGCUCAUUCUGACCUGGACUACAAUUCUCUGGAUGACUGGGGUCCAAAGUUUGAGAAAAUUGCAGAACUCUAUGGAGAGGAUAUUGAGACGGCGUCUGAAUCCACUGAAAAAGCAGAGUCAGAGAAGCAGACAUAAGUGUUUCGGAGAAAACUGCUCUAACCAAUGCUAAAAACUCAACCUUUCAGCUCUUUUUAGACAUCCGUGUCAUGGUCUCAUCGAUACAGUGAGAUGUUUGUAACUCAACAGCUGUAACGACUGACUGACUGCCUUUUUCUCUCGUUUUCUUUUGGGUGUUCGGAGCUCUGGAUCCCAACAAGACAAUGAUUUUGAGAAGAAAUGAAACAAAAACAAAUGGAAAAAAAACUAAUGAAAAUAAGGAAACUAUUUUAACUGGUGUAUAUUUUUUAUUGCUCAAUAAAGUCCUGAGAUCCUGACACAUGAA